GUAAAUCCGGUACAGAAUAGUGAGUUGGCUCCUCGACUAAAGUCACCAACUCCCUACCUUCAAUCAAGGAUGCUCUAUCAACCUAGGCAGAUAUUCUCAUUCUAGGUCAAAGCAGAAACAACAGGAAUUUGAUCAGGAUUCAAGUCAUUCAAUCAUUCAAACCUCAAUCGAAUAUAAUCAAAUCAUAGAAUCAGUACUUGGGUUCAUACAAUCAAACCUAACAUACAAAUCUAGGGUUCUCCAUACCCAGAUGAAUGGGAGAACUACUCCAUGGAAAAAAAAAAUCAAAAGCAGAAUUAGACGCGGAAUUCAUACUGUGAAGGAUGGAUUCCUGCUCCUGGAUGUUGAUCGGCACUUCUCCAAGCUCAAACUGGCCUCCAAUGGUGAUGAAGAUCAAUCUAGGGCACUUGGACACUCUUGUUCGUCGCUUUCUCUCUCUAGGAAUCGCUCCGUCCUUCUAAAACUCGAAUCCCCUUCUGUUUUGGCUGAAAUCUGCUUAAAAGGGCAUCAGUGGCCAAAGCACGGUCGAGGGCACGGCCGUGCUUUGCCUCAGCCCGCCCGUGCUUUGGCUAGGGUUAAUUACACGGCCAUUGUGUUGGGAGAAACACGGCCGUGCUUUUGGGAGGACACGGCCGUGCUUUGGUGGACAUGGCCGUGCUUCCAGCCCGUGUUUGCAGCUUGAAUUUGCCAAACUCAAUUAGCUCUCGGGAGUAAAAGCACGGCCACAGAACACGGCCGUGUUCUGUUUUAGGUGUGCCCGUGUUUUGGCUCCAGCUCGACGAAAUGACUUCUGAAUGCCCCGAAACUCGUGCUUAGCCUUUCCUUUGACGCCUGGGACCUCAAAUAUGACAAAAUAGCACAACCCGGCGUAAAAUAGGCCAAAAAUACCCGACUAUGCCCCUCAAACGGAUAAGAACUAGGGGCGCAAAUAUGUGCAAUUACAUCGUUAUCACCUAACAAUGGCCAAGGGUAACCAAUGAAAGGGACUGCAGUAAAGUGGCACAAGUAAUAAAUAUCGAAUCCACGUGUCUCUAGUGUUACUAUUACCCAGCUUCAAUUCAUUAUCUAGCAAACUAGAUUAAGGAUUGAUUUACUAAACUACUCUACUAAUUACAAGUUGGGAACUCACUUAGGUAUGAUUCCCCCUAGCUCCUCAAUUAGGUCCAAGUUGCAAUUACCUUUGGUUGAUAUACUGUUGAUUAAACUGCGGAAGAUCCUAAAUUAGCUUGGAAUCUCUUAAGCUGACCAAGCCCUCUUAGACAGAAUACCCGGCAGGCGACUAGCCUUCACCGGGAUAGACUGCUGAGGCGAUUCACACAGAUCUCCACUACUGGAAUGAAUUUCAGUACAAAGCAGUGAAUUGAUUGACUCUUGCACAACCAAUUCACCACUAUCAAUCAAGGAAGCUCUCUUAACCUAAUCAGAUUCUAUCUAUCAUAGGUUAAAGCAGAAAUCAAGAGAAUUUGAUCAAGAUUCAAUUGACUCAAUAAAUCACGCCUCAAUAGAUUAUAAUCAAACAAUAUAACAUCCAAAACUUCAUACAAGAAAGAUCCUAACACAUGGAACUAGGGUUCCUCAAAACCUAAGUGAAGGGAAGUUACUCCACAGAGAAGAGGGAGACUGCAGAAAUCUGAUCUAGAUCUUCAAUCUCCAUCUCCAAGCUUGAUUAUCGAGCUCCAAUGGUGAAGAAAUCCUCCAAAAUAGCUCCAAGAAUGUUCCCAAGUCGCUCUCUCUCUCUCUCCAGGGUUCGUCCCUUGGGUGUUUGGGAUCCAAAAACCCAGCUCUCCCUCUCCUUUGGCUCAAAAUUGGCUUAAAACCAGAAAUUCCCGACUCACACGGCCAAGCCACACCGCCGUGUGACUUUCCCAGCUGCCCGUGUGAGUGUCUAAACACGUUUCGAUUAGUGGGCAACCAAGCAAGCUGCACGGGCAGAGGCCACACGGUCGUGUGGCUCCCCAGGCUGUCAGUGUGGCUUUUACCGAGCCUUCACACUGCCACAAGGGGCCCAUACACGGCCGUGUGAGGUGCAAUGGUGCCCGUGUGGCUUCCCAGCUUCUCGCCAAACAUCCAAACUUCGUCCAAUCGACCCCGAACUCGUUCCCAAACCUUCAUUCACGUACUAGGACCUGAAAUAUCACAAACAAGCACAACCUAGCGUGAAAUCGGCCUAAAACACGAGAAUCAACAUCUCAAACGGCUCAAGAAUAGGGGUAAAAACAUGUGUAAUUAUUGCUCUAUCAAUUACCCACGUCCCACAACACCUGAUUUAGCUCUCAAAGAGAAACACACCAUUAUCCAAAAUAAAUACAACUCAAAUUCUAUUUAUGAAUGAAAUUUUGAUGGAUUUUCAGAUUAUCAAAUUUUGAACCUUCUUCAACAAAUGACCAUGGUAGCUAAUGCUUACAAAACACAAAAUCAAACUUCUGAUUUCGCUAUAGCUGAACUACUUAUAGCCGGCUUUGCUGGUCAAUUAAAGGGUUGGUGGGAUAAUAUCUUAACCGCAGAAGACCAGAGAACUAUUUUUACAGCUGUCAAAUGUGAUUCUUCUGGAGGAGCCAUCACAAGAUUCAACAAUGUCAUUCAAACCAGCAUCCAUAGAACCAAUAAGAACCAAUAAAAGGA